AUAUGUUUUAUUGAGGUGAAAAUCAAUUUUGUCAUUACAUAUAACAAGCCAAUGGCAGUAAAUAAAAUACCCGAUAUCAUAGCAUAAAAUACAUAAAUUAAAAAAGAAUAGUCCACAAAAUGAUGGUUAGAAACGCGGAAGACAAAAUGGCGUUCUUUAUAAUUUUAUUAGUUGGUGUGACCCCGCACAGGGAGGUAUAUGGAGAUGAACCUCCUACUGGCGACACAUCCUCCGACGAUAUGGAACGCGAAGAGAUCCAGCGUCGUAAUAUGGUCCCGGACCAGCAGUGGCAGUACGAGGGUCUGCCGAUCGAGUUCCCGAGCAGGAGAGCUGGAGACGAGGGGCUCACGGAGACCACUACCACCAGCACUACUACAACCAGAGCAUUCCCGCCACUGGACCGUCGGUACCGUCGGAUCUACAACCCAGACGAGGUGGCGAGCAUCGAAGACUUUCCCUUCAUGGCCGCGCUACUGGUGAACAAACAGCUGUGGUGUGGCGCGGUGGUUAUCGACACCGACCGAGUGCUCACCGCUGCGCAUUGCUUGCAGUUACAAUACAACAACCGUUUCUUCCGAGAAUACGUCAAGAUGCUGACAGUGAGAGUAGGUUCCACCAACGCCACGGCAGGAGGCGAACUCCUCCAAGUGAUUGAGAUCUUUUUCCAUCCCAACUACAAACCAACCUCGUUGGAGUUCAACUUUGCUAUUUUAAAACUUCAUAAAAACAUGACGUUACGAAGAAAAGAAGCACCUGUGGAUGUGAUAGAAUAUUCUAGAGACAAAAUCGUACCUGUUGAUAAUAAAAUUAUGUUCUUAGGAUGGGGUUCUGUGUUGGGUAUGUCUGGAACAGGAGGUCAAGUGUUACUGCAACAGGUGGAACUUCCCGUCUAUGACUUAGCAGAUUGCCAAGAGGUUUAUGGCAGAGAUUUGGUUACCAGAAACAAUUUUUGCGCUGGGUUUAUAACUGUUAAGAAAAACGUUUGCAAUCACGAUGCUGGCGGCCCGGCCAUCAUGAACGGCAAGUUAGUAGGCAUCCUGUCGUUCUCUUCGAAGCGCUGCGAUGAAGCGGACCAGCCCGCGGUGUUCUCCACUGUUGGAGCGGUGGUACCGUGGCUCGAGAAACUUGGGGAGAAGAAGGUGCAGCUACGAAACACAGCACUGAAGUCAUCAGAGCCGAUCUACAACCCAUAAUAAAACAAUAAUGUACAACAAUAAAAUAUAUUUAUCUAAUACUGUACAGUACCCUCGGACUACCAAGAAAAACAUUGAAACAAUUUU